GUCGCCUUCUUUACCCCACUCAACAUCAUACCUUUAAGGUGAAGUCAUGGUGACCCAACAGCAAAGGUUUUUUAAAGACGAGAUGUUUGCAUCAUUGUUGGGUGACGCUAUAUGGUUUUGUUGAGCCCAUUAUCCCAGUGCUUAUUAAAUAUAAACCACAAAUGUGAGGUUUCCACUCUUGACUCUCGUACUUUUGAGCACUUUGAACAUCAAAACACUCUAUCAAACACCACCACCAUGUCAUCCAACAACCAGGAAAACCAAGCCUACCAAGACAGGGACCAAGUCCCAACAACCUAUUCGGAACCCGCCCACAACACCCGAUCCCAAAACCCCAUGCCAGACGAAAAACCUUUAUCGCAGACUGCAACAAAGGAGGAUGAGAUUAUUACUUAUGGAGGUCGGCAGGGGUUUGCGAGUAUGAAGGAGCGGGAUCCGGAGCGACAGAAGGAGAUUGCUUCAAAGGGUGGAUCUGGGGCGAGGGGUUAGGAAUGGAUCUAAAAGUUGUAAAAUGUAUCGGAUGAUUGGAUUGUUAAACAAUGCGCAAUCAAUAACUGUAAAUGUCGUA